AUGGCAACCUUUGGACUCGGACAACCCAUUCAGACGCUGCCACCCAAUAGCGAAAUUGAUUCUUCCACACCCUGGAUGGCGGCUUCGGAAGGCAAUUUACCCCUCCUACAACACUGCAUUCAAACCAUGGGACUCAAUGUCAAUGCAGCCGACGAAAACGGUUACACUUUGCUGCACGCGGCCUCCUCCUACAAUCAAAUGGGGAUUAUGCAAUUCUUGUUGAGCCAAAAUGUCAAUGUUCACGCGGUCGAUAGUGAUGGGGAUUCUGCCUUGCAUCAUGCUGGAACCGCUCAGACCACCCAAUUCUUGAUCCAAGUCGCCAGAACCAAUCCUUCGUUGCAGAAUGCCGAAGGCAAGACUGCAUUGCAAGUCAAAAUGGACGAAGUGAAUGAAAUGAUGCAAGACGAAGACAUUGAAGAUGAUGAUCAAGAUUUGGAGAAAGCCAAGGAAAUUGUGACCUACCUGUCCAACCUUUGA